AGCGCGGCGCGCGGGCAGCGGUGCGGGCAGCGCGCGGGCAGCGGGGCCAUGGCGGCGCCGCGCUCCUUCAGCGCCGCCGAGGUGCGGGCGCGCUGCGCGCAGGGCGCCUGCCUGGUCUCCUGCCGCCGCCGCCUCUACGACCUGAGCGGCUUCGUGCGGCUGCACCCGGGCGGGGAGCAGCUGCUGCGGCGCCGGGCGGGCACCGACGUGAGCGCGGCGCUGGACGGGCCGCCCCACCGGCACUCGGCCAACGCCCGCCGCUGGCUGGAGCAGUACUACGUGGGGGAGAUGGAGCCCGGCGGGGAGCAGAGUCUCCCUGAGUCAGUGGAUGAGAAGGCAGUGGAUGCUGCAGCCCAGAGCCCAGCACGGAUGGAUCCCCGCUAUAAAACAGUGGAUGUGGAGACGGACCUGGUGGACUGGCAGAAGCCCUUGCUGUGGCAAGUGGGCUACCUGGGGGAGAAGUACGACGAGUGGGUGCAUCAGCCUGUGGAUCGGCCCAUCCGCCUCUUCCACUCGGAUUUUCUCGAGUCCCUCUCCAAAACAGCGUGGUACGUGGUGUUCAUAGUGUGGGCUCCCGUGGUGCUCUAUCUCAGCUGGGUCAGCUACACGUCCCUCGCCCAGGGCAACACCAGACUCUUCUCCUCCUUCACCACAGAGUACUCCAUCCCCGUCCACAAAUACUUCUUCCCCUUCAUCUUCCUCCUGGGGAUGUUCCUGUGGUCCCUGCUAGAGUACCUCAUCCAUCGCUUUGUCUUCCACAUGAAGCCACCCGCUAGUAACUACUAUCUCAUCACCCUGCAUUUCUUGCUGCAUGGGCAGCAUCACAAGUCUCCCUUCGACAGCUCCCGCCUGGUCUUCCCUCCCGUGCCAGCCUCGCUGGUGAUCGGCUUCUUCUACGGCGUCCUGCGGCUCCUGCUGCCCGAGGUGCUGGGGCUCUCGGUGUUCGUCGGGGGGCUCUGCGGCUACAUCAUCUACGACAUGAUGCACUAUUACCUCCACUACGGCUCACCGAAAAAAGGCACCUACCUGUACGGUCUGAAGGCUUACCAUGUCAAGCACCACUUUGAACACCAAAAAGCAGGCUUUGGCAUCAGCACCCGCUUCUGGGAUCAUCCCUUCCGGACGCUCAUCCCUGAGGAAACCUUCGAGAAAGAGGACUGAUGGCCCCAGCACAGCACCCAGCCACCAGCUCCGUCCCUCCUGGGCUGGGGCUGGCAUCCCUCCCAGUCCCGCGGUGAGGCCGGCUGGCCCCUGUCCCCUUGCCGGGGGCUGUGCCACAGCAGUGGCCUCACGCCGGAGCAUCCCCGUGGUGCGCUGUGGUCCACUUGUGGCACUGCCAAGGGUGACAGGGGGUGAGGAUGUGGGGAAAGGGAAGGAGGAGGUUGCGAGGCUUCCUGGGGGGCUCCUGCCCCUUCCUUGCCGCCCUCCCACUCCAGGCCACGGAUGCACGGGCAGAUCUGCUGCCUGAGAGAUGAAGUGCCUGAUGCUGCCCUCCCUCCUCCGCCCUGACACCUUGCCGGAGCCCCCCCCCCCCGCCGCCCCGAGCCUGUCCCCUCCCAGGGUGCCCUCUCCCCACGGCGCCCAGCACGCUGCAGUUAACCCCAUCGCCUAACUCGUGCCAAGGGGCUCCCGUAUCCUGGGUCCUUCUCCUGGCCUGGUCUCAGCACAGGGUUUUCCUGGCCUCUCGCCCAUUGCAGGGAAUCCCCCAGGUCUGGAUUUUGCCUGGUUCUAACCAGUGCACACCAUCUCUCUGCCAAAUUUAUCAAGUUUGUUUUUUGUAGACAUUGGCUACCUGAAACUCAAACUCCAAUGAACAGAAUUGCUACGAGAUGCCUUUGUUGCUGAUCCUGUGAUUUAUUUUUUUUUUCUAAUGUUUACUGCAGAUAUUUAAAGGUUUGGAAUAAAGUUAUAUGUAAAACUGUAGACACUACAAUUGUAAAUACACUGUAUAUUUUGAAAAAUAAAGCCUUUUAAAAAGGA